AUGAAAAGGUUUGUCCAUACCAAUAAUCCAUUUUAUUCAGACAAACUCGACGCAGCAGAAUUCUACUGGAAACGACAUGAAGACGUUUUAAAGGAGAUUCGACGGACGGUGGAAAUACUAGUCUUCCAUUUGAACUCACUUCAAACAACUCCUUUCUCACGUAUUUCGUUUCACUGUAAGAAGGAUAGAGUGUACAUGGCUUCGUACAACACUGCUAUAGAAAACAUGACAAAGCAUUUACAACAGUUUUCUGAUACUCUUCACCCAAUCGUAUCAUUUUCAUCCGAAUUUCUCGAUAAUUUCCAAGACAUCCGAAAGAAACUGAAAGACAAAAAGAAGGAGUACAACAACCAACUUGCAAUGUUAUACCACUUCAACACUAUGUACAACGAAAGCGUGUUUUCGCUCUUCGCGCAAAUAACUCAAUCGUGUCAGGAGUUCUUCACAAACGCACAAUCAUCGUUUUCUGGUGUCGAUAAGUCGUCCCUUGAUAUUGUAAAAGCAAAAGAACACGCACAAUAUGUGGAGAUAAACGAACUUAAGUUCGUCGAAUACUUCAAAGUCAACCUCAUCGACAUUUUAAAUACCGAACAACGAACACCAAAACAACUUCCUCUCGCAAUAGCAAAAACCAUCUCCAUGUUGAACUCUUCUAAUCUCUCUUUUAAAGGUCUUUUCAGGUUUACGCCCUAUGCGGACUCAAAAGAAAUCGAUCAAGUCACACGAAGAAUAUCAGUGACUGAUAUAACUGAAUACUCGGUCGAUGUCAUCGCUUGUGUCUUAAAGUGCUUUUUACAAAAUUUGAAGAAGCACGUGUUUCCUACUAUGGCAUCGUUGGAAAUGAUAUCAAUUCAUAUCAAAAGUGGUCAAAUGGAAGUGAACACGCUGGCAAAGAAGUAUCAAAAUAUCAUCACUCAACUUCCUGAAGAGUCAAUAACAAUGUUGUGCAACGUCAUUGCUGUAUGUAAAAAGAUUGCAAAUCAUAGUAAGGAGAACGGAAUGAAUCAGAAGAACCUUGGCGUCGUCCUCGCCCCAAUUUUACUGACUUUACCCGAUCCAGAGACACUUAAAAACACGGGAAUUAACCCAAACACAACAAAAGAAAUUGGAUAUGGUAUUGAAAUAGUUAAAUUUAUUAUUACAAACUACGAUUUAAUCUUUACUGCUGAGAUUGUCGAUGGGCGAGAGUGUUGUGUUGAUGUUCAAGACGUUACAAAUGAAGGUCCUCAAGAAGACGAGAAAGACACAAAAGAUGACAAAUUCAUUAAAAUCGAGAAAAGCGUUAUUAUGAAUCAAAGCAUCAAUCUUCCUACACAAAAACGCAUGAGAACAGCAUCAUCUGCAGAUAAAAUGGGGAACGGAGAAAAUGAUAAUGAGAGUAAGAAGUCAAGACAAAAACGCGUCAUAUUAAGUUCAGAUAUUUCCGAACUGAUUGUAGGGAAACUGAAAGAAGAAAUUGGAGAGAAAGAACCCGAUGUCAAACCACCAGAAAAAGAAGAAAAGGUCGAACUCUUACCCUUUCAAAGUAGAGACUUCUAUGUCGAAAAAGCGUUACAACGAGGGGAUGCAACAAACGAAAAACAAGAAGACAAACCAUUUAAAGUGGUCUGCGUAUCCAAUGUCGCUUGCCAAAAAACUAAAAAUUCACCACUACUCUAUGAAUCAAAAAAUUCACCACCACCAGAAGGCAAUGAAACAAAUCAACAUAAUAUCCUCUAUUUAACACAAAACGAUUUGUCAAAAUCGACUAAUGCACUACUCGCUGAAUCAAAAGAAACACAACAGGGCCCACGACCAGGUUCAAUUCCUAAUACUAAAUUCAUUGUUCCAACUUUCGAACCUAAAAAGAAAAAGAAGAAACAGGCAGAUAUAACAGUCACUCCACAAAAAGGAAAACGUGGAAGAACAAAAACACUUGUUGAGAAAACAAAGGCAGAUCGGUUGAACGAUCUUUAA